AUCAUUAAAAAAAAUUAGUAAAACAUUCCUUAUAUUGUUGUUUUUUUUAUAAUAAAAAAAUGAGAAUCAUACUCCAUUUUUUACUCUUUUUCUUGACUUUUAUUCUAACUCCCUACCCUACUCAUCAAUAUGCAUGUAACAAGAGAGAAGUUGAUAUAAACAAUUUGUCUUUCUGUAACAAAUCUUUACCUUAUCAUGAUCGUGCCAAGGACUUAGUUUCCCGCCUUACCUUAGAUGAAAAAGCUCGACAACUAGUAAACGCAGCUAGGGGUAUCCCUAGGCUAGGUGUACCGGCCUACGAGUGGUGGUCGGAGGCCCUCCAUGGGGUCUCCAACACCGGCCCUGGUGUACACUUCAAUGCAACAGUACCUGGUGCCACAAGCUUCCCAGCAGUGAUACUAUCUGCUGCAAGCUUUAACACAUCGUUGUGGUACAUGAUGGGUCAGGUAGUGUCCACUGAGGCACGAGCCAUGUACAAUGUAGGCCUUGCUGGGCUUACAUAUUGGAGCCCAAACGUAAACGUGUAUAGGGAUCCUAGGUGGGGUAGAGGCCAAGAGACUCCUGGGGAAGACCCUUUGGUUGUUAGCAAAUAUGGUGUCAAUUAUGUUAGAGGUCUACAGGAGGUUGGUAGUCAUGGUAGUAAAGACAUGCUUAAGGUUUCGAGUUGUUGUAAGCAUUAUACUGCUUAUGAUAUCGAUAAUUGGAAAGGCGUUGAUCGUUUCCAUUUCGAUGCAAAGGUUAGUUUACAGGACUUGGAGGAUACAUACCAGCCCCCAUUUAAGAGUUGUGUUGAGAAGGGACACGUUAGUAGUGUGAUGUGCUCAUACAACAGAGUCAAUGGAGUCCCAACCUGUGCUGAUCCCAAGCUUCUGAAAGGAAUUAUCAGAGAAGAAUGGGGUUUAAAUGGUUAUGUGGUCACUGAUUGUGAUUCCAUCCAAGUCUACUAUGAAUCUAUCAAAUACACAUCUACACCAGAGGAAGCAGUAGCCCUUGCACUAAAAGCAGGAGUGAACAUGAAUUGUGGAGAUUAUCUAAGAAAGUACACACCAGCAGCAGUCGACGACGGGAGAGUGGAGGAAUCAGUUGUAGACCAGGCACUGAUAUACAACUACAUAGUCUUAAUGAGGCUCGGUUUUUUCGAUGGAAACCCACGAAAACACCCCUUUGGCAAACUAAGGCCGUCUGAUGUAUGUACGAAGGAGCACAAAAAACUUGCUCUUGAUGCUGCAAAACAAGGGAUAGUCUUGCUAGAAAACAAAGGAUCAGCUCUUCCUUUGUCUCGAAAAUAUGUCAAAGAGUUGGCAAUUAUUGGUCCUAAUGCUAACGCCACCAAAACCAUGUUAAGUAACUAUGCUGGUGUACCAUGUGGGUAUACUAGCCCUUUAGAAGGGUUCAAGAAAUAUGAAAAAAAAGUAGUUUAUGAACCAGGUUGUCAAAAUGUGAAAUGUCAAAGGCAAGACUCUAUCAAUGCAGCGGCUAAGGCGGCAGCCAAAGCUGAUGUGACGGUGUUAGUAGUGGGGCUCGAUCAGUCGAUUGAAGCAGAGGGACUAGACAGGGUGAACUUGACAUUGCCUGGGUACCAAAAGAUGCUUGUAGAGAAAGUCAGUACCGCAGCCAAAGGGAAAGUUGUUCUUGUGAUCAUGUCUGCUGGUCCAAUUGAUGUGUCAUUUACUAGUAAGUUAAGAAAGAUUCGUGCAAUUCUAUGGGUUGGUUACCCUGGCCAAGAUGGAGGUGAUGCCAUUGCUCAAGUUGUAUUUGGAGAUCAUAAUCCAAGUGGAAGGACACCUGUGACAUGGUACCCGAAAGAGUACGCAGAACAAGUACUAAUGUCCAACAUGAAUAUGAGAGCAGACAAAGCCAGAAGAUUUCCUGGUAGAACAUACAGAUUUUACACCAGGAAACCACUCUAUCCCUUUGGCCAUGGACUAAGCUAUUCUCAUUUCAUCAAGUUCAUAGUAUCUGCUCCUUCAGCAGUAACAAUCGAGAAAUCAACAGACGAUGAGCUCAACCUCGGUACCCAAAAUCUGCUUCUAGCUACCGAAAAGAAUCAGACAAUUUGCAAUAAAGCCAUUGAUGUAUCAGAAGUAAACUGCAAGAAGUUAGAGUUUGUUGUUGCAAUAGGUGUGACUAAUGAAGGGAAGAUGGACGGCGCACACGUUGUGCUCGUGUUCUGGGAGCCGCCUAUGUGGAGUGGGAUCAAAGGUGCGCCCAAGAAACAGCUCGUAGGAUUCAAGCGAGUACAAGUAAAAGCAGGAAAGACAGAAUUGGCUGUUGUUAAGGUAAAUGUGUGUGAAGCAUUCAGUCUAGCUGAUGAGGAAGGUAAAAGAAAGUUGGUGACUGGUUUACAUACACUAGUGAUUGGUUCUUCAAGUGAAAAACAAGUUAGCCAUCACUUUACCAUUGGAAUGUGUGGUACCACUGAAGAUCACUAAAUAUGAAGCAUGAUUAUAGAAGUAUAAAUAAGUUUUCCACUUGAAAACCUGCUGUUAUAGUUAUCCAAAGAUGUGGUGUUCACGACUGCAUUGUACUAUGAAUUAAGUGGAUUGUAUGAGCCAUUGAAUCGUUAUAUUGAAAAUACUAUCGUUAAAGUAUGA